AUGGGUCUCUCCUACAACACAUAUCUCACCAGUGACAAAAUAUACGGCUGCAAGAACUGCAAGACGCACCUCGCCAACCAAGAGGAUAUUAUGAGUCGUAGUUUCAGGGGGCAGCAUGGUAAGGCCUUUCUGUUCCACAGCGUUGUCAACUACGACGCCGGCACUCCCUCGGAGCGGGCCAUGACGACAGGCCGCCACAUUGUCCGGGACAUUUCGUGUCGACAGUGCAAGGAGACGGUCGGCUGGACGUACGACAGGGCUUUUGAGCAGUCGGAGAAAUACAAGGAGGGCAAGUUUAUUCUAGAAGCCGAGCUGCUAUGUACUGUUUCUUGA